AUGUUGUCGAGAGUUAACAGCAUGGUCUGGAAUAUGGAAGCUGGCGGCAGAGGGGACGACGACCAAACCUCUUCUUGGCCUCAGAACACCAUCAUCAACAACAACGCCGCCGCCGCCGGCGGUGGUGCAGCAGGACCACCGCCACCAACUCCGCCGCCGUGGCCGCCAUGCACGGCACCACGAAAUCCCAUUUCGCCGGGCUUCACAGAAACCGCCGCCGACAACAACAACAACCACAACCAAAACCACCACCACCUCCUCCUACAGGCGGUGGAUUCCUCCGCCUCAUGCUCUCCAUCGCCGGCGUCGAUCUUCAACAACCUCGAUCACCACCACCACCAGGUAAACUACUUCCACCAACACCCAACAAAAACCCUAAUCAACAACCACCACCCUUUGGAUCAAACCUUCGAUUUGGGUUGCGAGAGUGGCUAUCAACCCUUUGGUUUCACUGAUUUGGGUUCCAAUUCCAAUUCCAAUUCCAAUUCCCAAUUGGGCUCCCUCAAUUUGAGCCCUAAUCCCCAAUUCGUCUCAACCAAUUUUCCCCAAUUUGGGAAUAGUGGAUUCCAAUUUGAGAAUGUGAAUUUGAAUAAUGAGAAUCAACUGUUGUUAAAUAGAUCCAAGAUUCUCAAACCACUCGAUAAUUUCACCACAAAUGGGGGUGCUGCUGCAGCACAGCCCACUCUAUUCCAAAAAAGGGCUGCAAGAAAGAAUCUUGCCAAUUUGGGGUGUUUGGAUUUAGGGAUUCAAGAAAAUCAGAUUAUCUCGAAACCCCCAAUUGCUAGUGCAGUUCAUGUGGAGCUUUCGAGCGACGACAAUGCGAAGAAAAGGAAAACAAUCAGCGUCGACGAUUUUCUCGAAGACGUCAGCAUCGACGGAUGCUCUAGUUUCAUGAACUACGAUUCCGACGACCAAUUCUUGGAAAAUAAAAACAACGUCGGAAACGGAAACAGUUCCAAUGCCACCACCGCGAUCAACGGCGGCGGCGAUCAAAAGGGCAAGAAGAAGGGCCUUCCGGCGAAGAAUCUGAUGGCCGAGAGGCGGCGGAGGAAGAAGCUCAACGAUCGAUUAUACACAUUGAGGUCCGUCGUCCCCAAGAUCAGCAAGAUGGACAGAGCUUCGAUACUAGGGGAUGCAAUUGAUUACUUGAAAGAGCUUCUGCAGAAGAUCAACAACCUACACAACGAACUCGAGUCGACGCCAGGUGGCAGCUCUUCAGCCACUCCAAGUACGAGUUUCUACCCGUUAACCCCAACAACUCCCGGACUAUCCGCCCGUAUCAAAGAGGAGCUUUGCCCCAGUGCUUUUGCUAGCCCUCUUUCAAGCCCAACCGGUCAACCCCCACGAGUUGAGGUGAAACUAAGAGAAGGGAGAGCAGUAAACAUACACAUGUUCUGCGGGAAAAGGCAGGGCCUUUUGUUGUCUACUUUGAGGGCUUUGGACAACCUCGGACUAGAUGUACAGCAAGCCGUUAUUAGCUGCUUCAACGGCUUCGCCAUGGAUAUUUUUCGAGCCGAGCAAUGGGGAGAAGGGCAAGAACUGAACACGGAACAAAUCAAGGCGUUGCUCUUGGAUUCGGCUGGCUUUCAUGGGAUGCUGUGAGUUCAUAUGUCUGAAGAAGAACCUAAUUAAACUUGUUUCGAUUUUUUUUUUUUAAUUCAAUAAUUUUUUUUUUAAUUUUGGCUAUUUAUUUUAUGGGGAAUGAUCCGAAGAUCAACCAAGACUGGAAUGCUUUGAUUUUUUUCGAUUUCUGAAAGUUCGAUUCAUAUAAUUAAUUGCUUUUGCCAUUUCAGGCGACAUAA